UGUUGGCUAGGUUUUGGAUUUAUUACUUUCGAGGCCGAACAAUCAGUGGACCAGGCUGUCAACAUGCAUUUUCACGACAUCAUGGGCAAAAAAGUGGAGGUUAAGAGAGCGGAGCCUCGUGACAGUAAAACCCCAGGGCCAGGAGAGCCGGGCACUAACCAAUGGGGACCCAGGGCAAUGUUAAGUGCAGCCAAUGGCUGGGCAGCUCAGCCUGCACAGGGCUGGCAACAAGGCUAUGCACCUCAAGGAAUGUGGAUGUCGGCAGGCCAGCCAAUAGGUGGAUACGGGCCUCCUCCUCCAGCCGGCCGAGGAGUCCCACCACCACCCCCCUCUCCCUUUAACGCUUUCUUAGUCACCACCACCCCCCCUGGAGGGUACGGGGCGCCCCAAGGAUACCCUCAGCCUGGCUAUGGCACCCCACCCCAGUACGGUUAUGGAUUUGGUGCCCCCCAAAAUCCUGCUGACCAGUUUGCCCCACAAGGAGUGCCUCAACCCCCGACUACGCCUGGUGCAGCACCCAUGGGCUUUGCCCCUGCAACCACCCCCACUCAGGACAUGAACAAACCCCAGGCAGGACAGCCCGAGUUCUCCUACAACCAGUUUGGCUUGGGUAACUAUCCUCAGGACCCGUCCGGCUACGGACCAACGCGUCCUUCUCAGAGUUAUGGUCAGGCUGAGCAGGGAUAUAGUGCAGGUUACGGGCAGGACAUGGGUGUAUUUGGGCAGAGCUUCACAGACCCCAGCCAGCAAGCACCUUCCUAUGGAGCGCCUUCAGCCCCAGCAUCAGGAGGCCCCCAGCUGGGGAGCAGCAGCUUCGGGCGAGGGCAGAACCACAACGUACAGGGCUUCCAUCCUUACCGCCGCUAGAGGCACGGACACCACAGAGAUUUGAACAAUAAUACGACGUCAGGGAAAUAAUUCUGUCACAACUGGAUUACUGCUGGUAUAUUUGUAUGACCAGGGAUUCUGAAUUUGAGGACUUGGUUUUUUGUGACAAUCACAUAGCAUACUUGAUAGAAUUUAAAUUUGGGAAACAAAAACAAAAUCUUUUAAUUAUUUUUUGUCGUUUUAAUAAUAAUAUAAAGGGGAUGCUCUAUUUUGGGGAGUGCAAUUUUUAGGAUUGAUCAGACUGAUCCUUCACCCACAUCAGCACAAAUUCAAACAAACAAAAUUCUACUGGUCGUAAACGUUAACAGGGUUUCCUGUCUCUAUUCAGCUUUAACUCAACUUCAGGGUUUAUCAUUUUGUGAUUAUUAUUAUUAUUAUUAUUAUUUAUUAUUAUUAUUAUUAUUAUUAUUUUAAUGUUUCUUUUACCAUAUAUUGUAAAACUUUGUUUAAAGAUUUAAAAAUAUAUAUAUACAUUUAAAAAGACUGCAGUUUUUUAAGAGAAUUUUGUACUACCUGUACACUUUGCUUGUUUUUUAAUUUAAAGAUGUAGAUUUCCCUCAGGUGGCUGUUUUUUUUUUUUUUUUUUUUUUUAGUGCAUUUCAUGUUAAAUGCAAACGAUAGAAAAACCCUGGUUUCAAUAAAAGAUAACCUACAUUUUGUUUUAAAAAAAACAAAACAAAAAAACACCAAAA